CUGACCGAGCGGCGGGAGCGAGGUCUAGGAAAUAGUGUCAUCAACAAUUGUAAUAGUAGCUGUCGUGUGCUGAAUGACUAGUAUGUGCCACACACUACACUGAGCACAUUACAGGUGUUUCUAAUGCAAAGCCCUGCAGUGUAGGUUGUUAUCACAGAUUUAGCGACGUGGGAGUUGAGGCUCAGAGUGGUCGAAUACUUUGUCGAGUUAUAAAGAUAAUAUCUGUCACCUCUGGGGUCCUUCCCUAAUGUAGUCAGUGCCCCUUCCAUUACUUUAUGUUGCUGUUUUUGAAAGUAUUUGCUGACUUGAAGGAAGUAUCAGUCUUUCAUUUUCUAUCAUCAGUGUCCUGUCAUAGUCUGUGCUUCCCUCCCUCAUCCCUUUGUUCAUGUCACUCUGCACAGUGUCUUCAGCAGCCCUGUCUGCCUUUUGAAAUGUUAUUUCUUCAAGGCCCAGAGGAGACACCACACUCUCCUCUUAUCACAGGGUUCAGAGAUGGGCAGUGAGAAGGAGCAGAAUCCAGAACAGCACCUGCCUGAGGAAGGGGAGCGGGGUAAGCCUUGGAGAGUGGAUGACUCAGAGGGUUUUCGGAUCCUGUAUGGGGAGAAAGAGCAUGGGCAAGAGAGCCUGUUGGAGGGGUCGCAAGGGAUCCAUCCAAAAAAGCCAUGGCAGAAAGUCACUGUCCGCACUGGAGAGCCAGGGCCCAUUGCUCAUCCAAGGCUUGAGGCCGAUGAGAAGCCCUUUAUAUGUGCCCAGUGUGGCAAAACCUUCAAUAAUACCUCCAACCUGAGAACACACCAGCGGAUCCACACUGGCGAGAAACCUUACAAAUGUUCUGAAUGUGGCAAGAGCUUCUCGAGAAGUUCCAACCGCAUCCGGCACGAGCGGAUCCACCUGGAAGAGAAGCACUACCAAUGUCCCAAGUGUCAGGAGAGCUUUCGGCGGCGCUCGGAUCUCACCACACACCAGCAAGAUCACCUAGGCAAGCGGCCAUACCGCUGUGACAUCUGUGGCAAGAGCUUCAGCCAGAGCGCCGCGCUGGCCGUGCAUCACCGGACCCACCUCGAGCCGGCGCCCUACAUCUGCUGUGAGUGCGGGAAGAGCUUCAGCAACAGCUCCAGCUUUGGGGUGCACCACCGCACCCACACAGGAGAGAGGCCUUACGAGUGCACCGAAUGCGGGCGGACCUUCAGCGAUAUCUCCAACUUUGGAGCACACCAGAGGACCCACAGAGGGGAGAAGCCCUACCGGUGCACUCUGUGUGGGAAACACUUCUCCCGGAGCUCAAAUCUCAUCCGCCACCAGAAAACACACAUGGGAGAGCAGGCUGGGAAGGAUUCCAGCUGAAGGAGAGUGAGGGAGAGAGCGAGAGACCCCAGCCUAGUGUAGGAAGAUCUUUAGGAUCUGCGGCUUCCCCUUUGACCUCGAGCCCUACACCCCACUUUGAAGAACGGUUUCCUGUUGCUGCUGAAGCCAGGAUCUCCAGGAAAUCCAAUUUUUUGCUUUGGAAAGUCAGAGGAUCUGGUUCUUGGCUUCAUCUCCUUGGGGUGAAAGAGAAAUAGGGUAGGUUUAGAACAUGCUCGUUUUAUUAGGGCAGCCGCCCCUGGCCUUUAAGGAAGCACCUGUGAGAUGGGCAUCACUGUCUGAAGACCCUCCAAAUUGCGUAUGGACUGCUUAGGGCCCACUGCAGUGGCCUGCCAGCUCCCCUGCUGGGAGGAACGUCCUCCCAAUGGAGGGGCCUCCUGGCCUGGAGAAGAGUUCUGAGGUCCCGCCUUAGAAAUGAAAGGGAAGCCCUCAGGGAGCCAUGAUCCAGGGACCUUCACACUCCCCCAUGCGUGUGACUUGUUAUCCCUACCCCAACCUGCAUCUGUUCCCUGAGUGAU